CACUGCGAUGCUUGAAUCUGAUUGGUUCAGAGGUUUCCGGGUUCUUCUUGGGAUGAGAUUAACAACACGUAGAAGUCAACAUUUCAUAAAAUAGACAGAUGGUUAGCAUUUUUAUAACAACGACGAAGUCUAUAGACUAAAGAACUAAAGUGGAUUACUGCGCCCGAAUCAGAUGAUCACAGCCAUGAUGGCGUCAAGCUACAACGCGAAGGAAGAGGACGGACACCACUCUGGAGCUGCGGGUCACGGUGGAGCGGGCGCUGUCAAAAGUAGAAAACCGGACAACACUGCGUUUAAACAGCAGAGACUCCCGGCUUGGCAGCCGAUCCUCACGGCGGGCACCGUGCUCCCGGCCUUCUUCAUUAUCGGGCUCAUCUUUAUCCCCAUCGGCAUCGGCCUGUACGUCACUUCAAACAACAUCAAAGAGUUCGAGAUCGACUAUACAGGUGUGGACAGUAACAGCCCAUGUUAUGCCUGUGCCAGGAAUUUCAGCUGGAACAGCACAACACCAUGCACAUGCUCCCUGAAUUUCACAUUGGAGCAGCCCUUUGAGGUGAGCCAGAAUGUGCUGACAAUAUGCGGUAAUAUGAAUAAUAGAUGCCCCUUCCAUCAGAAUUGAUAGAGAAGAACCUUU